AUGCCAGCCGCCGAUGAGUUGCCUUCUGAAAAGAAGCACACCAGCAGUUCAUAUCGAGAUGAGCUCGCGCACUACAAAGCCCAAUAUGAGCAGCUAGAGUCGGAGCUUGCGGACUUCCAACUAUCCAGCCGGGAGCUGGAGACCGAACUGGAGAAGGAUAUUGAAGCUUCUGAAAAGCGUGAGCGUCAGUUAAAAGAGAAAGUGGAUACCCAACGGUAUGAGGUAGAGGAGUGGAAGACCAAGUACAAACAGUCUAAAUCCGAAGCCAACACUGCCCAAAACAAUUUACAAAAAGAGAUCACUGCUCUCCGCGAUACAAGCCGUUCUCUCCAGCUGAAGCUACGUGAUAUUGAAGUUGCCAAUGAUGACUAUGAGCGACAAGCGCGGAAUACCACCUCGUCCCUGGAGGACUUGGAAUCCAAGUAUAACAUGGCCAUUGAGCGUGGAGUACUGCUUGAGGAAGAGAUGAGGAAUGGCGACCUGGAGCGCGAGAGUCUACGGAUCGAUAACCAGCGCCUACGAGAUGAACUAUCUGAUCUCAAGGUUGAGGCCGAGAUUGUUCAGGAGAGACUGCGACACGCCGAAGGACAUGGGGGAUUUCGACGUCGAAAGCCCACCCCCUUGUACCGCAGCCCCUCGACCCCGCAGACCUUCGAAAUCUUCGACCGAUCGCCUGGCACAGCCACCUCUUCGCCCGUCUUCGCAACACCACCAGCAAAGUCAUCAUUGUCAUCCGCCACUGCAACUCCUCCAUCGCCGCCUAUCUCUGAGGCUUCGACCAACUUCCGCAAGUCCAUCAGUGCUACUCCUACGUUUCCUCGAACAAGAGUCGCGGGUGCAGAUGCCAUCAACUCUCGAACCCUGCAUCAAGCGCGGACACAACCCCGUCCAAUUCAUUCCAGAGCCUCAUCACUCGCCUAUAGCAAUGCUGGUCGCUCCACAACCUCCACAACCUCUCGCACCAGCAUGCCUCGAACGAACGCUCCACGUCCAUCGGGCCUGCCCAAAUCCGGGUCGUUGUACCAGAUUCGGGGACUAAUUGGCAAAAUGCAGAAGCUGGAAGAGCGAGUGCAGUCUGCCAAGUCAUUACUCCCCGCUCCUUCUGACACUUCAUCCCGUGGCUCUCCUCGUUCUGGAUCUGUUGUUAGCGACAGCCCAGUCCCGUCGACGGUCACUGUGCGAAGAAGUUCUCACAAGCGCUUGAGUGGGAGCAGUUAUGGCUCCUCGGUGCGAGACAGCGAAGGUACUACUCCGUCGUACGUUCGCCCGAAUAGUCGGACUAGCUUCUCGAGUCGAAGUUCGUUCAGUCAGAGCGUCCACUCUGGAGUACCUGUUCGCCCUGAAAGUCGACAAAGCCGCCCCGGUGCGAAAACCCCACUCGGGCAUUAUUCUACCAACCCUACUACCGAAAGCCGACGACCACGCUCUUCUCUGAGCAAUCAUAAUGGACAAACUCCUUCGGUGGGAAGUAUGUCUAAUAUCGAUGAGGACCGAGACGUCUCCAGUCCGACGACCCCGACCUCCCGCAUUCCGUUAGAUUUUCGACGACCAUCCGUCUCGGCUACCCCGGUAUUAAAGAAGCGCACCACUAGUGGCGUUUCGGCCAUCCCCACCCCCCGAAGCUUCAAGACCAGCAUCGGCCCGGGAACGAUGCCACCUCCGACCGACCGGAAGCAGAUGAAUGGGCUCGGUGAGACCUUUUAG